GGGGUGUGUCCUGUAGAGGAGGGUCAGGGACGAUGUAUAUAAAGGGGGAGGCGUCUUGUUCUAGAUCGUCGUCUACUGAAGGUCUGCCAAGAUGAAGAUCCAGGUUAUGUUCCUCCUCGCUGUGUUGGGCUCUGUGGCCGCCGACACUAAGAUACUGCUGCCCUAUUCUUUCCCCGUACUUGGCUCUCCUACCACCUAUACUUCCUACCCCGCCGCUGCCGCCACCUAUCCUGCUGCAGCUGCCACCUUCUCCACCUACCCCGCCGCUGCCGCCACCUAUCCUGCUGCAGCUGCCACCUUCUCCACCUACCCCGUAGCUGCCGCCAACUACCCUGCUGCUGCCACCACCUACAUCCAUUCUACCGCUCGCGCUACCGUUCCCUUCGUUCAGAAUGCCGCCCCGGUCCUUCAGUACAGUGUCCCUGCCGCCGUUCCAUCCAUCGCCGCCGUGUCUGUUUACUCUCAGCCACGCACUGCCAUCGUCUCAUCCCCAGCAAUCAUCGUCAACCAGGAAUUAGACGACGAUGAUCUGGUUGCCACUCCAUACGGGAUCCUUCACGAAAAUGACGAUGAUGACGAUGACCUGGUAGCCACUCCAUACGGGAUCCUUCACGAAAAUGACGAUGAUGAUCUGAUAGCCACUCCAUACGGGAUCCUUCGCGAAAUUGACGACGAUGAUGAUUUGGUUGCCACUCCAUACGGCCUCGUCGACGUCAGCCACCUUGAAGUUGACGAUAUCGAUGACGACAAAAAAUAAACAACCAAACAAAUGAAACUCACUUUUUCACAGUAACUUGACCACCACAACUGUAUACUACACAUUUCCCCCAUAUUUUUUUCAUUACAUUGCAUCCAGGUGUAUAUAGGUAACACUAAUGACCACACCUAUUGAGAACCACCAUUAAUACCUGAUAUGACGGUGAUAUUAAAAUUCUUAAUAUAAA